GUCAACACCACACUCCCUAUAUUAUAGAUCCAAUAGACCGACCAGACUAGAGCCACCAACGGACGGACGGAGAGGAGAGACAGACAACAGCCCUGGACAGUGGAAAGUAGAUGUGGGUGUGGUUGCGUUUCUAGUCGAGCCCGCCCUCUACAUUAAGUGCGUGGGGGCGUGUGAGUGUGCCCUUGGGUCCCGACCAGAUCGAGGCAGAAUGUGUUCCAUGUCUUGUUUGCGGGCCUCUUGUCUCUUGAUUGGGCUCUUUUGGGUGGGGGCGGGUUGUGCGGGCGUGUGCCUGACCUUGUUCUUGUUGUUCGGCCAGCGUUUGAAGGAUUGGACGCACAACACGUACACGCCCUCCAUGGAAGAUGUGGUCCCGCUCUUGGUGCUGUCCAUUCCGUCGGUGGUGUUCAGUCUCGUUCUCAUGGGCGGGGCCGCCUAUCGCCUCAAAUCCCAAGUCAUGGCCUGGAUGGUCUGGUUCUCCAUCGUGCCCAUCACAGUUUGGGUCUGGUUUGCCUACAAUCAGCUCAAGCAUCAUGGUUACAUCGAUUGGACCCGACAGGGCAUGAAGGGCUGCUACUUCUGCGGCUUGGAUCCAGAGGAGUCCUAUGUUACGAUCACUUGCGUCGUCUUGACCGUGAUCGACCUCUUGAGUCUGAUCAUCGCAGGGCAAUACCAUGGCAAACUUAAGCGUCGUUAUCGCGAGGCCACGGAGUCGCAAUUUGUCUAUUCUCAGCGGUCCAAUCAGCCCGUGGGCCCGCCGCAUCAUGCCUCCUAUCAUACCGCACAAGCCGAACCUUUGGCCAAUGUAGGAUAUUCCUACCAGUAUCAGUCACAGAACGGCUACCGAGAGCACAAUUUCUAGGCUCUUGGGGGGGCUUCAAUGCGUGUCGCCAUUGGUUCGACACCACCGCAUUCCAACUUACAAUCUCAUCACCGUUGUCAGAUUUUGUAGGAUACUCAUGUACAAAACUUUUGCCACCCUUUUUACAUACAUACCUCGAUGUUAUUAGAAUAGAAAUAAAUGUCCAACUGAAGAAGUGUUUGGGGGUUU